CGUAUCCCAGUCCGAGGCCAUGUGGGCGAGGCCGGCGGCGGCUGCCGAGCCGUGGCUGCUGCUCGCUGGCCCGAGAGUCCGCUGGUCGCUCGCCGCCCUAGCGCCCGUGGGCGGCCGCAUGGAAGAGCCCGGCCCGGGGAGCAGCGGCCCGGGGGACGCGCCCCCCGCGGCCAAGAGGCGGCGGCUGCUGGCCGGGGAGGAGAAGCGGCCGGGCCCCGGCGAGCGCUACGUGCCGCCCCCGAGGAAGCGCAACCCCGGCGUGAGCUUCAGCGAGCCGCACUUCGCCGAGACCCGCUACUACUUCGAGGGCGGGCUGCGCAAGGUGCGGCCCUACCACUUCGACUUCCAGACCUACUGCAAGGGCCGCUGGGUGGGCAAGAGCCUGCUGCACGUCUUCAGCACCGAGUUCCGCGCCCAGCCCCUCGACUCCUACCGGGCCGCGGCCAGCGCCGGCCGCCUGCGCCUCAACGAGCAGCCCGUGCGGGACCUCAGCGUCGUGCUCAAGAAUAAUGAUUUUCUGAGGAAUACAGUGCAUCGCCAUGAGCCUCCAGUCACUGCUCAGCCUAUCCAGAUUUUGGUGGAGAAUGACGAGGUGGUUGUCGUGGACAAACCCUCGUCUUUACCCGUACACCCAUGCGGCAGAUUUCGACACAAUACUGUCAUCUUCAUCUUGGGCAAAGAGCAUAACCUGAAGGAGUUGCACACUAUUCACCGGCUUGAUCGCAUGACUUCCGGUGUGCUCAUGUUUGCCAAGACUGCAGAAGUGUCUAAGAGGAUUGAUGAGCAAGUUCGGCAGAGACAGCUGGAAAAGGAGUACGUCUGCCGUGUGCUUGGGGAGUUUCCAGAAAAUGAAGUGACCUGCGAGGAACCCAUCCUGGUUGUUUCUUACAAAGUGGGGGUGUGUCGUGUGGACCCCAAAGGCAAAUCCUGUAAAACUGUCUUCCAAAGGCUUAGUUAUAAUGGCAAGACCAGUGUGGUCAAGUGUUUUCCAUACACAGGUCGCACUCACCAGAUCCGGGUCCAUUUGCAAUUCCUGGGAUAUCCUAUUGUCAAUGACCCCAUCUACAAUAUGGAAGCCUGGGGUCCUACUAAGGGUAAGGGUGGUGAGAUUAAUAAAACAGAUGAGGAGCUUCUCAGGGCUUUAGUGGAAGAACAUCGUUCCAAACAGAGCUUGAGCAUCUUGGACGUUUCAGAGGAGGACCUGAGGCCCAUUGUGGGAAGUAAAGAAUGUGACCAUUCAGGUUACUGUACUAAACCAGUUGAGAUUAUGCCUAUAAGCACAGACUCCUGCAGAACUGAGGACUCUAAGGAUCAGAAAGAAGCUGAAAUACAGGCUUGUUUGCAGAAUUCUGACACCAGACCAGAAACACAUGAAGCAAACCCUGAAGGAGCUAGUUCAAGUGGGAAUCAGGAUGGACAUACAGAAGAAAAGGACCCUCUGUGUGAGGAGUGUAAAAUAGUGAGGCAGGACCCAUCUCCUAGGGAGCUUGUGAUGUACCUGCAUGCCUUACGCUACAAGGGAGCAGAGUUUGAAUACAAUUCCAAGAUGCCAGACUGGGCUCUAGAGGACUGGGAUGAGAGCUAAGAAUAGAUACUGAGACUUUUUAGUUUCCUUCCAACAAAACUAAAAUGAAAGUAUUUGGUAAAGUCCUGAACUUGUGUGCGGUAAAAAUAUCUCAUUGGAGCUACUGCGAUCUUCCAUCAUUAUUUAUUGUGUUGUGCCUGGAUUGCUUGUGAAUUUUGAGGAGGUGGGAAGAGUUCUUCCUGAUUAGCGUUGAGAACUCUUUCCUAACAAUGAACCUGCUGACAGCUACUGAAGGGAGAGAUGGUUAAUCCAAGACACUUUAACUAUGUUUUCCUUUAAGAUGGUAACAGUGAUGGGUAAAAAAUAUUACUCAAAGGUGGGAAGCUUGGAACAAUUGCUUCCUCUUCUCACCACAUGGUGUUCAGGGUGCAUCCUUGUUUCCAGAUUGAAUGCAGUUGCUUACUAAAUGCAUACAACUAAGACAAUCAGCAUCUUGGCCCUUUUCCUGUGUCUGUCAUCUAACUCCCUUGUCUUUCUGGGUAAGGGUUGGGGAGAUGUUAGUCAAUCUAAAAUACUUCAGGUGUCACACCCAGAUCAGUUUCAGUUGUGUUCUUAGUUUUGUUUAUACCAAGGCACUGCAAGCUGGUUCUUUUCCUGGCAGGUUAAUUUUCAUUCAUUUUAUUUGGAGUUCUGUUGCAUUGUGCAGUUCUCCUCAUUAAGACGUUUCCAUCCUUGUGUGUGUUUCCAGAUUCCGUUUUUUGUUUGUUCUAGAUGGAGUAUAGUCUGUCCUUAAAUCAGCUUUGCAAAAUUCCUUGGAAAAGCAUACUGCUCCAACUAAAAAUUCAGUAGCCCAAAGAAAUUGUCAUCUUUGCUGUUAAUGAGUCCAUAUCUGUAGGUACUCCCAUCCAAAACAAUCUCUACAUAUUUUAAUCAGUCUGUUUCCUUUCCCUAUAUUUUUUAACUCCUCCCAUAUAGUUUCUCUCCUUAUUCCUUAACCCCCAUUACGCCUUUUACUGUACAUCUUGUACUGUGCAUAUCUUUUCUAACAUAUCUUAACCACCCCCUUCCAUGUACCCACACACAGGGCUUAGAAAGCAUACCAAACAUAUAAUAGCCAGAAAGCUAAGUCUGAAAAGGAAGGUGGCAGGGGCUUGCUGUUUCAGGGAUGGCUCUACUCCACCCUCUUGACUUUUUGGUUGUUCUAAGUAGGGGUGUUUCUACUACCCUAGCCUUCAUUUUGCAGCUCCCAGCCUCUGUAGAAGGAGCUUCAGUAUCAGCCUCUGCUAUUACUCAGAAACUUUGUGAGCUGCUGCAGAAUGAAACACCUGAUUGCAGCAGUGAUAGGGUUCUGAAUAGUAGAAGUAAAACUGAAAAUACUUUGGUUAUUUGGUUUCAGCGUGUUCUGAAAGUUCUAACCCACACCUGAGGCAUUUCAAGAAUUAGAACACUCCAUCUGUUUGUGUGUGAGAGACUUUAGGAUGUAAAAAAAUGUUAACCUUGUGUGGGGUUUUUGUUUUGUUUUUUGUGUGUUCAUUUUUUUAUUUUUUUUUAUUUUUUUUGAAGGGCAGGACAGUGAUGUACUCACUGGGACAUUUCCUGUUUGCUAUGGCAAAGUGGAUUUUUCCAUCCCAACCUUAAAUAAUAAUGCUAAUGUUGGUAGAUGUGUGCUAGCUGCUUGUACUUGCCCUGCAUUAGACAGUAAACCCAAACCUGUACAAGCCAGUGCAUUGCUGGUAAGUUGAUAUUAGGAAGUCUAGAAUGUUAUCGGCUUAUUCUAACGAUGCCAAGAGUGCAUCUAGAAUAGAAAAAAGUGUGUGUGGAUUUUGGCCAAACAAAAAUCUUCGCUCACUACCCAGUGCUAUGUUUGAUCAACAUACAUAGUCCCUUUAUUAUUAUAGCAGCACUUAGAGGCCUUGACGAGAGCCUUACCAUGGUAUGCAUUGCCCACACCUAAUAAGAAGGUAGCCCCUGCCCUGUUCAGGUUUACAGACUAACUGUGAACAUUCGCAUCUAGUCUUCUAUAUGCCCAAACAGGAGUGAUAUCUUCAAAGAGGGUUUCUUCAGGAUUCAUGAUCUUGGCCCUGUGAAAUACAAAGGUGACUUAAAGUAAGAAACUGCACAACUGCCACUUUCCCUAGUAAUUUGUGUGUUAAUGCUAAGUGCUUUCUUUAUUAUUCUGUGGCUAUAGUGUGUGUGGUGGGGGGAGAGUACAGAGGCUCCAUGAUUUACCAGCUAGUAUGUCACAGUGCCCCAUUCUGCAAAAUGAAAGAUCAUUAGGGUAACACCACCAAGGGAAGGGGUUUUUUAACUCUGGUUUAUCUUUGCUGACUGACACGUUGAAGAAUGUGUUGAAUUUAUCAUUCUGCCACUUGAAUAAACACAUCCAACAGAGAGGUCCUCUAGCAACACCAGGAAAGACCAGAGUUGCUGAGAGUGCAUGCACACAUUAAAAACAAAAAAAACAAAAAACCAGCCCACCCUACACAUAUAAUAUACACACACACUUUAAAAAAAAACCCUUCGUGGAUCACUGCAUAAAGUUGAUGGUAAAGAACAAAGUGCUGUUUUAUCAAUAUAGGCAAACUCUUCUGUCCAUCCUUUGAAGAAAUGAAUUUUGAGGUCCCAGCUCUACAGCAGAGAGCCUGGAAGCCGUGAAAGCUUCAGCUGGAGCUCUCAGGGUUUCCAUGCUUCCUGAUGAGGGCAUGGCAGGCCUACCUCAAGCUGUUGCUCUCAGGAUCUGGACUCCCAGUACCAUAGGGAGCCUGGAAGCUCGGAGAGCCACAUCUCCAGCUGGGGCUUCCAGGCUGUCUGCCACUGAGCCAGGCUCCCUGGUCAACUUGCGCCCCAGAUGCCUAUACUCUAUUAGCUCAGGGAGCCAGCUGGCGUGGGAAUUUGGUAGCCCUAGGGUUGCCAGCCUUGGGCCAUCCAUGUGGUCAGGCUGUCAUGGGGCUAGUGGACCAUGGAAUCCCUGGCAGCUGCUGACCUGGUUCAUGUCCAUUUCAUGGCUGCUCAGGACUGAAUGGUAGCCUUGAAAAUGACAGUUUGAUAGCUGCUAUUCAGUGAGGGGAAGUAGUGAAACUGACACGAAUCAUUUCAGUUUCACUAAGCAAUUACCUGGGAGCAUAUUUCCAUAGGUGCUGGAUCUAGGGGUGAUAUUGCACCCCCAGCCUUGAAAUGGUUUCCAUUAUAUACAGGGCUUACAGUUUGGUUUAAUGACUCUCAGCACCCCCUUCAUAUUUCAUUUUGAAAAUACUGUUUUAGAGUUUCUGAAACACAAUUUUUCAGAAUCUCCAGUUCAUGAGAAAUUUUUAAUGUUGAAAUUUCCCAUGACCUGGAAAUUCCAAAUUUCAGCCAACUGUAAUCCCAAAUUUAAUUCUGCUGCCUUUUCUAUCUCUUCUGUAAGAAGACUACCACAUGAAGCAAAUACUUUAUAAUGCUAAAGUGUGGAAGUAAUUUAUGUUCCUAUGUGGAGAACGGAAGACUGAAAGACCUAUUGUGGAAAAUUUGGGGGAAGGAGUAAGUACAGAUAAUAUUUUGAGUGCUGUAUCUCCACUUCAUUUUUUCUGGCCAUGCUUAACAGUUACUAUUAAGGCCUUCAUACACCACCACAUUAUUUAUUGUGUCCCAUUGCUGAUAGAGAAACUGCCUGUGAUUACUGGCCCCAAAACAACUUGAACUGUGGGAGGUUACGGUUUUUUUAUUCAAGCAUCCUCCCUGUGAACAUUGCAAUUCAUUGUUUUAUUUGAGUUAAAAGCUGCUGUCUACGUUAUAUUGUGUGUGUAUGAGUUGUAAUUUGUAUGCAGAUAGCCAGAUUUGUGCAGUCCAAUCUGUUUCCUUUUUAUAAAGAUAAUUGAACAUACCAAAGGCAAUUACAAGGUAGUAUAAUUAAAGAUGUCAACAUGUUUACCAUAAACCCUGCUCUAUGACUGAUUUAAGCAAAAAAAAAAAAAAAAUUCUAAGCUAAAACCAUGGGGUAGCGGGCCUUCGUCGUGGAGUGAUUCUGUGCAUAUUUCAUGUAGGUGGAUAUGAUGCUUGGGGAAAGUGAAGAUUGUUGAGAUUGCUGUACCUGUUCUUUGUAGAGAGAACUUCAGUGACAACAACAGUACAGGCUUCUUGCCCAUUUGCUAAUGUGCCUUAACCAUAAUCUAAAGAGGCUGCUGGCUGGUCAGUCUCUUGUGACUCAUUCAUUCCUGGCCCUCUGUGCUAAACUGACAACAAGGGGGGCUAAUUGUGAUAUUUGUGUGUGUGAUGUGAAUGCUACAGGCUCUGGUCUUAAUGUGGAUGAGGCUCUUUGGGUGGGUUCCAAAGAUUGGACUUGGCCAGCGUGCUAUCUUGGCAUCAUGCACUGUCAGGCAGCAGCUUUUAGCUUGGGGCUGCUGAGGGCAAAUACAUCCCUUGUUCCCUGGGUCAACAGGGACUAGAAUAUGUGGCAGAGGAGGCUGGUUACCUUUACAUGCAAGUCACCACUUAUUUGUGUUGCUGUAGCGCACAGGAAUCCCAGUAAUGAACCGGGACCUGUAGAGUGAUGGCCACACACCAGAGCAAUAUGCGUGAACACGCUACUCUUGGGGGAAUUCUGCAUGUGUGCAUAAUUAAUGUGCUGCACGUACUUUUAUUUUUUUU